CAUUUUAGUCUAUUAAUAUAAGAGUUCUUCUCUGUCCAAAAGAUAUAUCAAACGAAGAUCCUCCCAAACAAUUAAUGGAGAUGCCAAAGUUAAAGACUGUCCAAGAGUUGGUUGCAUCCGGCGAAGGACUACCGGAAAGAUACUUCUACCCACCCACCCACGACGGUGAAGGUCAACCUCUUAACGGUUUGGUGCCGGAGAUGGAGAUUUCAGCCAUUGAUCUUAGCCUUAUCUUCUCUUCUUCUGAUGAAGGUCAAAAAGAGUUGAGUAAACUUCACUCUGCCCUCUCUACAUGGGGUAUUGUUCAGGUGAUGAAUAAUGGGGUUACAGAAGCGUUACUCGACAAGGUUUACGCACAAACCAAACAGUUUUUUGCGUUUCCGACCGAAGAGAAAGAGAAGUACGCGAGAGAGAUUGGUGGUUACCAAGGAUAUGGAAACGACACCAUAUUUUCAAAUGAUCAAGCUCUCGACUGGAUGGACCGCUUGCACCUCAGGACAUACCCUGAAGAUCUACGAGAGCUUAAAUUCUGGCCAGAAAUCCCAACCGGAUUCAGGGAAACUUUACAUGAAUACACCAUGAAACUCAAGAUAAUAAGAGAGCAACUCUUCAAGGGAAUGGCUAGGUCAUUGAAGUUAGAAGAGAAUUGCUUUCUAGAGAUGUGUGGAGAAAAUUCUAUAAUGGAGACAAGAUUCAACAUGUAUCCACCAUGUCCGAGGCCGGACAAGGUUAUUGCGCAUAGACCGCACACUGAUGGUUCGGCCUUCACUCUUCUCUUACCCGACAAAAAUGUCGAAGGGCUUCAGUUCCUCAAAGAUGGGAAUUGGUAUAAAGCUCCAAUCAUCCCUGAUACAAUUUUGGUCACUGUAGGAGACGUGCUUCAGAUAAUGAGCAAUGGAGUAUACAAGAGCCCGGUUCAUAGAGUGGUGAGUAACAGAGAAAAGGAAAGGAUAUCUGUGGCAACGUUUUGCUUUCCCCAUGCAGAACAAGUGAUUCAACCUGUAGAGGGGCUUGUGUCUGAGGCAAGACCAAGGUUGUACAAAACAAUUAAGAACUAUGCGGAGAUCUACUUCAAGUAUUAUCACCAGGGUGGAAGACCGCUCGAAGCUGUAUUGAUAUGAAAAAAGAUUUUGAUGGGAAAGUAAGGCUGACCGGACAUACCGAGACAAGACGCUUAUACCGAACCGGAAAAGUCUUUGAGUCUUUCUUUAUUUACUUUCAGUUAAUUAUUUAAUAAUGGAGAAUGGUCUUCCUUAGUGUUUA